AUGGUAUUCUGGUUGGCCCAGUCAUCGCUAAAGGCAGCGAUUGGAAUAGACACCCACAGCAUCAAAGGCGUGAAGAUGACCUACCAGGUCCCAUUCUUUUCCACUCAAUACCAACCAAUCCUACCACAGCAAGACAACAGCUCUGACAGCUUUUUCAUUUUCAUUUUCCAACAAAACCUGAGCGAUGUGACAUAG